CCGGGACGGGAACUGAUCUCUCGAAGCAACAUGGCAGGACAUCGGAACUGUCACUUUGUGACUGGUGCAGCGAUUUUCUACGCAUUCCUCGUCUGUUAUGUCCAUGCGCAGACACUAUUGCUCGGGGCGUGUCCAAGCCCGCCGAUGCAGUCCAAUUUCUCCGCCCAAGACUUCCUGGGCCGCUGGUACGAGGUGGAGCGCACGUUCGUGAUGGCUGAGAUCGGCUGGAGGUGCAUCAGCGUCGACUACAGGGAGGAGAGUGGCAGGAUCCGAGUGGAGACGGCCAGCGCGAUUCCGUUCAGAAGAUCCAUGACGGCGGUGGCAACCUUCACUCCCAACAGUCCGGCCCGAAUCAUCUUGCGAGGGGAAGGAUCACUCCCCACACAAAGCACGAAUUACGUCCUGAUGUCCGAUUACGAGAACUACGCCGUUGUUUGGUCCUGCAGAAAUGUCGACCCGCCUCUGCCCAUAUCAGGCCUCGACUUUUUGAGGAAUCUGUCACACACUGAAAACUUGUGGAUUCUCUCAAGGAAACGCACCCUCGACGCCGAUGUGAGAGAGAAAAUAUACGGCUUUCUGGACACGAACGCCAUCACGAGACGGACUCUGAGACCAGUUCCCCAAGAUAACUGCCAAGAGACUUCCAGCGUGACACCUUCAUAGAACCUCAUUCUCAAUCAACAAAAUCCCAACAAUGCAGCGAAUUAUUUCUGUAAUCUGUGACAAUAUAGCCUGAGAGUGAAGAUGAAGAAAUUUCUCCUCUUCAGUUAUCGCAUUCGUAUACGAACAGACAGAUGGACAAUCUUUCGAUUGAAGGAUUUUAUUCGAAAUUUGAUAAUGUUCAAUUUCGGAGCAUCCUAUAACAAAUUUCAUUCGUUGUCUUCUUUCAUGCCGUCUUCACUAAUACUCAGAAAAGUACAGAGACAAACGAGUCUUCUUGUCGGAUUCAAUGAGGUCUGAAAAUAUGGAUAUUUAAUAAAAUCUAACGAUUACAAUACUUUCUCUUAAUACAUUCCGCAUAUGAGAAAGUAUAUUAAUCACAUUUCGUAUGUGAGAAAGGAUGUUGUUUAUAAUUUGGUGGAAGAAUAAUAACAUAUGCAAGCAAAUGUCAAAAAAACCCCUAAAUAAUGAAUACUCUCUUGUUUUUCUUUGCUUGUUGAAUAAUUGUCCCCUCUGUCUCCAAGUCAAGAUCUCCGCUAUCAGGUUAGGUUGUCACAGAAUAUAAUCAGAAAAUUUUAUGUUUCGCGAACAAAACAAUCCUCUGUCUGUUAACUUAUGUAGUUGUUUUGAUAUUAACUUAUUUUUUGUGUUGUGAAAUCGUCUGCAGGCAGACAUAAUAAAUGUGUAAAAAAAAAAAAAACUUU